UCCUCGUCAGCCGGCCGUGCGUAAUUGCCUGAGAGCGAAAUCGCAGCGUUUUGCGCGCCUCUUGUUCCACACGUUACCACCAGGAGCGACUGUCUAAACCUCCGACCAUCGCUACUUUGAUUUUUAUCAAAUGGGGGGCGCAGACUGCAGCAGGGAGAGCCAAACGCCGACAGCACUUUGAACAGGCGAGCCCCAAGGAGCCAUCAUGUACUAGUGACAGACCGCAGAGCGAGAAGACGCAGCAGACAGUGACAAACAUGAGCGGCGGAGAAAUCAUCUUCCAAGGCUGGCUGAGAAAAUCACCACCGGAGAAAAAACUCAGAAGAUAUGCAUGGAAGAAACGCUGGUUUAUACUUCGCAGUGGCCGCAUGAGUGGUGACCCCGAUGUUCUGGAGUACUACAAGAACGAUCACUCCAAGAAGCCCAUUCGAGUGAUCGACCUGCAGUGCUGUGAACAGGUCGAUGCGGGCCUGACCUUUAAGAGGAAGGAGUUCCAGGACAGCUAUGUAUUUGACAUCAAGACUGCAGACCGCACUUUCUAUCUUGUAGCUGAGACUGAGGAAGAGAUGAACAAGUGGGUCCGCUCCAUCUGCCACCUGUGUGGUUUCAACCAGUCAGACGACAGCCACGAUGGCAGGUUGCAGCAUGCGCCUCGUUCUGUUGGAGCAGAUGUCACCGGCUCAAUGGCUCCUUUGACCGGAGAACGCAAGUCCUCUGCCCCCGUCCACUCCAGCCAGCCAGUGCUCUUCACAUUCGAUGUGCCUAUACGCCACACUCACCAUAACUCCAUGUCCAACAGUGCACCCCAGGACUACCUCCUCCUCCACCAGUGCAUUAGCAGGAAGACAGAAAGUGCACGAAGCGCCAGUUUCUCCCAGUCCACACGAAGCAAGGGUGCGCAUCUGCAUGGCUUUUACAGCCUUCCCAAGUCGGGAAAACACCAGUUGCUAGUGCACGAUGACUCGACCCAGGAGGCCUGCUACGUCCUCCCGAGGGGUUACAGCUCUGAGGCACCAGCUCACAGUGCUCUGGGUGAUCCUGAUCUCGAGAAUGAGGAGGUCUACACUUUCAAAACGCCUUGCAAUGCCCUUGCCACCAUGCACAGCAGUGAGCGCUUUCCUGAUAAUUAUGACCUCCCUACAACACCUGGCUCCUUCUAUCAGAUCCCCAGGACAUUCGAUAAGAAUCACAAUGCCUUGACACCCUCUAGCUCUGAAUCCUCGUAUAAUCCUCCUCCCAGGCCCCCUAAACCUAGCCAGGGGUCUGAGGGGCAGUGGGGGAGUCCUCAGUCAGUCGGGAGCCAGAAUGAAGAGGUAAUGUCUGCAGUGUCAGUCAUCCCACGCAGAAAUACUCUCCCUGCUGUCGAGAACAUCAGGCUGCACAGAGGAUCCUCCUUUGAAACUAACAAUCAACAUCGCUUCAUCCAUUUCAACCACGCGGGCCAGUCUGUGGAGUCAGUCAAUGAUGGCUUCAGCUCCUACCUGAGAACACAAACCCCGCUAACUCGCUCAGACAGCGGCAAUUCAGAUGACAACUAUGUGCCCAUGAAUCCCGGCUCCUCGCCACUCAGCGCCUGCCAGGCUGACAGUCCUAAGAAUAUCUACAUUCCUAUGAGCCCGGGGCCACAUCACUUUGAUUUCCCAGGAUUCUCUGCAACUUUACCUGCCCGGAAGGCGAGCAGUGCCUCCUUGUGCCACAGGCCCAGUCGUCUCAGUGAUGUUACACCACCGCCCAUCUAUCGCGACCUCAAACCUGACAGGAAAUCAAAGCCAACACCUCUUGAUUUGAAGAACAAUGGGAUCAUUGAUGAGUUGCCAUUUAAGAGUCCAGUCACUAUGUCCUGGACACGACCCAUGCCUGCUAUGAACUGCACGUCCUCCCAGCACUGUAGACCCAUCUCUACUCAAAGUAUCACCAGCACCGACUCUGCAGACAGCGAAGAGAAUUAUGUGGCUAUGCAGAACCCAGCGUCUACCUCCCCAGCCGUGAGUGGUACCAGCAGCCCAGCCCCUAGGAAGUGUGGCAACGUGGACUACCUAGCACUGGAAUUCCAGCCUGGGACACCCAACCCACACAGAAAACCCUCUACAUCCUCCGUGACAUCUGAUGAGAAGGUGGAUUACGUCCAAGUCGACAAGGAGAAGACUCAAGCACUGCAAAGCACGAUGCAGGAAUGGACUGAUGUGCGACAGUCUACUGAACCUGCCAAGGCGGUCAAGUCCUGACACUGACCUAUACCAUAAAAACAAGCCUUAAAGUGUCCCUAUUAUGCAGGUUCAUUGUUUUUUGGGGGGGUAUAAACUAAAAUAGGUUAAAUACCUUAAUGGUAAAAAAAAAACUGAACAGAUGAUUUUUUCAUUGCUGUGAAACGUCUUUUCCGCCCUCUAACUAACAGGUUCCUUUAUAGCUCCUGUCUGUUUAAGACCUACCUCCCAAAAAAGUAAGCGUGAUGACAGCGAGGCAUCCGUGAUUAUAGAUGCAUAAUCAUAGGAAACUUCUGAAGAGUUUAAAUUUUUUGUCCACUGGUUGGGUAGAUAUAUUUUGCAUUAAAUAAUAUAAAUAACAAUAAAUAAAAAUCCUUAUUUUAUAUUAAAUCAUUUAUUUACACAGAAAUCCUAGCAGAGUGCCACUCACACAUGUACACACCCACCGUCCACCUCUGCCUACCAUCUCUGGAUACCGGCUUGGCUUUCGGGCUAGCUUUAAAAACAGUCGUAGCAGCCCUAAUUCUAAGACCUGCAGACUGCGAGCAUAAAGCUUUAUGCAUGUUAGAAAGACACCACACAUUGACAUAAUUCUGUUGCAGCUGCUCCUUCUGUAGGAGGGAAGCUAACAGAUGGUGAUGUUAGCCACAUUAGCAUAAUGCUAACACUAAAGAUAUAUCCCUAUCAUUGCCGGCACAUUGCCACCAAAACUGAAAGUACUGCACUUGGUCAUUUCCUCAGAUCCUGCGAGUGCCCGAAGACUCAGCAGCAGAGCAUUUGGUGUGUUUUCCUCUCAGCCAAGAAUUUUAGAGCAGAAGUGACUUUACUGAGGAAAUGAAGGCAGAUUGCAAGGCUGCAUCUCAAUUUAAUUGAGGCAGCUCCUCAUUCUUUGUUAGAGAGCAUGUCAAACUAGCCGUUACAUGGGCUUCGUGACACUGUGUUACACAGUGAUGUAACUAAGUAGCCUCACGGGGCAAAGCCUGGACUACAAAGAAUGCAUUUCAGACAGCAGCAGUGAUUUUGUUUUGAGAGAAUAACUUCAUUUGGCCGUGACUUUGGCCUUUGCAACUUUUCAGACCUUUUACACGUACAAAGGGCUGAAUAACAGAUUAGAGGGGUGAGGAAAAACUCAAAAAGCAUAAUAGGGGCACUUUAGGUCAAGCAUCUCCAGCCAUCAUUCCCAUGGAUACUGGAAGAGCUUGCUUAAGACUGAAAUAUUUGGGCCAAAAGCCAUAACUAAUUAUGCCUGUUCUUCGUGAUGAUUACUCCUCGAGUGCACUGCAAGUAUGCAGAAUAUCAGGCCAUACAGGUGGAGUUCCCUGCCAAAGCUCCUCAUGCAGACUGUUAGAUCAGUGUAUAGAUAAUUAGUAAUGCAUAUAAAAAUACCAUCCAUACUGUCAAUCUGUUAUUCAUAAGUACAUUGUUUGAUCACACUUAUCCCAUUCACCCCUCUGCAGCAUUUAAUUUUGUUUGCAUCUAGUUGGUAAUUUAUUCGAUUUCUGCCAUUUAAAAGAGCAGCAGAGGCUAACUGGUCAAUAACCAUAUUAAUAUACUGUAAGAGUACGCUUGCUGGUCUCAGGAAUGCCAAGAUGCACUCCAAUUUUGGCAUGCAGGCUGACUUCCUCUUUUCACUUUAAUCUAUCAUUUGUGCUGAGUCUUGCAGAAGCAGUGAAGAGAUUAUUUUCACUGCGGGCAAUCAUUUCAGCUUAGCGGUGCAUGUCUGGUAAGAGGAGAGGGGAAAAAAUAUAGCCAUACAAAUAUGCAAAGGCCUGUGUCAGAACUCCUAAUGAUAACCGUACAUGACUGUUGCCUCGGUUUCUAUUAUGUAUGAGCCCAAACUAUAUUUAAAAGCUGUCGGGCAUGAUGGCAGGCUAAUUAUUUCAAUGCAGGAACAAAGUCCGUUACAUCCAAAUGUACAAAAUGAAGAAGAUAAGACAGACAGGAUGACGAAACCUCAUUACAUGUUUGAUUUCGUGGUCAUUUCACUUCAGUUAAUAUUCGAAUACAUUUUCAGUGUAAAUGUGCACUGAAAAAAAAAAAGAAAAUUAAUGUGUUGAUGAAAGUAAAAAUAAAGCAGGAGGUGUAGUUUCCAAGUACUCAGUCUCUCUCUAGAGACCAUUAAUAAAAGUCUAGUAGACAAAGAGUAGCAUAUUUAUGUUUUCCGGAAACUCCCCAUUCACUGAUUUAUGUCUUUGGCUUUGGACACACACACACACACGCACACACACGCACACACACACACACACACACACACACACUACAGCAUUGUCCCUGAGGAGUACUUUUGUUCCUGUAUGUAAAUUAUUAAUAGAUAUACAUAUUGCAGUGCAUCUUUCUGACUGUUAGAAAUUUGAUGCACUUGUAUGAGACGUAAAGUGCACUACACUAACAGUAACAUUGUGCUCUUAAUGCAAAGGAAACCUGCCACAGUGGACAUUUGCUGGGGAUCGUAGCCACUAUAAAACAGUUAAGAAAUGAUGUUUACUAAAUUUCCUUUGCUGAUUAAUUUGCCUUAUAUUUUCAUUUCAGUUGAGACUGAACAUUUUGCCUUGGAGAAAUUUUCACGAUGUUAUUAAAGUAAAUAAUUACAGUUAGGACAACUGAAUGAAUCGGUUUCCAGUUCAACCCAAGUCCAGUAUUUCAUUGUGGGCUGGAACCACAGAUGGGUGAAUCCAUUUUUGACCUUAAUAAAAAUAGCGUGGCCAUGGAGUGCUAGAUGGUAUGGAUUAUUUCAUUAAGUCUUCUUAAUGUUUUUCUACCAUUUUUACAGCUUUUUUAUAUUCUUUUUAAUCAUUAUUUUUUACUGAUAAAUGUAAGCAAGUGUUAUGCAUAAUGACAGGAUCAGAGUAAAUUAAACUAAGUUUGUUACGUGUUAUUCUUUUUCUUUAUUUUUAAAAAAUUUUUUUAAUUCCCAAAUUUAAUUUUUAUGAUCUACUCAUAAAAUGGGAAGGCUGGCAGUGUAAGUUGCACUGGCAAUUCCCAGAUGAACUGAUUCACAAAGAGCAAGGGAGGAGCGGAAAGACUGAAGAAAAGCCUGUGGCCCUAUCUGUUUUUUUUUAAAGUGAAAUGGAUGUAAUUUAUUAUCUAGAGAGAUCAGCUGUAAGCAGCAGAGUUGUGCAUGUGUUGUGGUAGACUGUAAGUUGUAGUAUGUUAAAUUGCAGCCUGACUGGGUGAGAUUGAAAACACUGCUCCGAUCUACUGUCAGACUGUCACUGGGUUGACGUACUGUACUUGUAAAGAUUUUUUUUUUUAACCACUGUUGUUGCUACUACUGUAAAGCAGAUUGCUUGUGUGUUAAUUUAUUAAUUUAUUGUGUGUUUUUGCAGUUGAUAAUUGUAAAAAAGAAAAAAAAAACAUCAAACAAGGAACCUUCUCUCUACUAACUCUGAUGUAUGCAAACUGUCUUGAUUUUUGAAGCAAUAUGAGAAACAAUGACAGUGUGAUGGUAUUGUGGUACAGUUAAAUUGGAAUACACAAAAAUACAAUACUUUGUUAUUCCUCUGUAAUGGUAGGCUUAAAAUGUUGACAUAGAAUAAAGC